CCAAAAUACAAGUGCUAGAUCCGCCGCUGCUAGCAGCAACAAUUGAAUAUGUUUUUAAUUUAACUUCAACACCCAAUGUGUGAAAAUUUGGUCUAAGCUACAUUAGCUUUCAACAUCUUGAGAUUUCCCCAGUUUUCUCUUUUCUCGUAAUACCCACUACGUAUUGAGUAAAAUUACGUAGGUGUGUCUGUAUGUAUGGAUUUUUGAUAACUCUUGCAUGAAAAACUUGUUCAAAGGCAUCAUCCGAAUUAUUUGAAAUUGUUUCAUAAUUUUUUCAUGUCUGCGCAAAGUCUAAAUGCACAAAGCAUUUGAGUUUGAACAAUUGAAAUUGCAAAGAUUUUACUUUGAUGUGGUUUUGUUUCAUCCAGUUGGGCUGAUUCCAUAUAUCGUCAUGGCUUCUCCGGCUACAUGUUCUACAAGUGGCUGUCAUAAUGAAGUUAUGUUCAGCUACCAUCUCAAUCUCUGCUCCAACCGCAGUCGUAACAUGAAAUCUAUAUCCAAGGUGCAAAGUUCACUUUUAACUUCUAAUGAGAAAUGGGUGAAAAACCAACUUGUUGCAAGGAGUCUGCAAAGGGAUAGCAGCUCCCAUUGCAGAGCGGUAGCAGUUAAAAGCAAACCGUUGUUCACCAAGGGAAACAAGUUUAUUCUUGAUGAUGUAAUUGAAGCUCAACAAUUCAAUAGAAGUACACUUGAUGCUAUAUUUGAAGUGGCACGUGAAAUGGAAGAUGUUGAGAAAGGAUCACCUGAAAGCCAGAUGCUUAAGGGGUAUCUGAUGGCAACUCUUUUCUAUGAACCUUCCACUAGGACUAGGCUUUCAUUUGAGUCUGCCAUGAAACGUCUUGGUGGGGAAGUUCUGACAACAGAAAAUGCACGUGAGUUUUCAUCUGCAGCAAAAGGAGAAACACUGGAAGAUACAAUAAGAACGGUUGAAGGCUACUCUGAUAUAAUCGUCAUGAGACACUUUGAAAGUGGUGCUGCCAGAAGAGCAGCAGCCACAGCCAGCAUUCCCGUUAUUAAUGCAGGAGAUGGUCCCGGUCAACACCCAACUCAGGCGCUACUGGAUGUAUACACCAUCGAAAGAGAAAUAGGAAAACUUGAUGGGAUAAAAGUUGCUCUCGUUGGAGAUCUUGCUAAUGGAAGGACAGUUAGGUCACUAGCUUAUCUUCUCACCAAAUACUAGGAUGUGAAGAUUUACUUUGUCUCCCCCGAUGUGGUCAAAAUGAAGGAUGACAUAAAGGAAUAUCUUACAUCUGAAGGAGUUGACUGGGAAGAAAGUGCCGAUUUAAUGGAUGUGGCUUCCAAGUGUGAUGUUCUGUAUCAAACCCGCAUCCAACGAGAAAGGUUUGGGGAGCGAACUGAUUUAUAUGAAGAAGCCCGAGGGAAGUAUAUUGUGGAUCCAGGUGUUUUGAGGGCAUUACAGAGGCAUGCCAUUGUCAUGCAUCCUCUGCCAAGGCUUGAUGAGAUAACUGUAGAUGUAGAUGGAGAUGCAAGGGCUGCAUACUUUAGGCAAGCCAAGAAUGGGCUUUACAUCAGAAUGGCUCUUUUAAAGCUACUUCUUGGCUGGUGACUUCAUUGAUGUUAUUUUUAACAAAAUUUUGAAAAUCAUGCAUCAAUGCCUCAGCAGUCAGCAUACACCUUUCUGUUUCUCUGUUAGGUGUAAAAUUUUGUUCCAGUGUAGCAUUCUUCUUGUUUUUUUUGGCUCGUUUCUCCACACCGUCGUGAGAUAUGAAUCUUCUAAUAAAUCCAUACUCACGCUUGGUGGCUCACAGCCUCACAAAGUGUUUCAUUUUUGGUGACUCCCAAUCACUCUUACUGUUACAAAUUCAACUUGAUAUUUUAUUAAUAUACAUGCCAACUGCCUUCUCCCAAA